AUGGGUAAAACCGAACAACACUUUUGGUGUUUAGUAGGUGUUGAGAAACCGAGAGAGACAGAGAAAAUGUUUCUAUGUUUCUUCAGGUGGAUCGGGGCGGUGGAUUACUGGCGGAACCGAAAAAAUAUGCUAAUGCAUGUUUCGUAG